AUGGGUUCCUUCUUAAGCAAAGUCACUGAGAAAAAGUCACCUUCGGUUAAGGAAAGCAAGAUGGCUACUCCUAUCGCGAUGAACUACUUUGAAAAGGCCCAGAGUACCUUUAAGCCUCCUCUGAUUGCCAACGACAACGCUUUUCUAGGGGAUAUUGCUACUAGUGAGAAAAACGAUGCCGAAAAGCCUGUCUCAUGCGGCCUCUAUCGCCUCGAAAAGGGAACUCCGCUCGUCUACGAAUACACUUACCACGAAAUGAAGAUCAUUUUGGAAGGCGAAUUCGAGAUUUCCGAUGAGACUGGCCAAAAGGUCACUGCCAAGCCUGGUGAUGUGUUUUACUUCCCCAAGGGGUCCAAGAUUACCUUUAGCACACCAUCUUAUGGCUUGGCUUUCUACUUCCAUCUUGCCGAGUCGUCAUCGUCUAGUGGUGAUAGUGGCAGACAUCCCCCCCGCCAUCGACUUGCAUCGUCCUUCAAUCGAGACAUAACACAGACAUAUACCACUGCUCCCUACUACGUCCUCAUCAUCUCGACGCCGGACUUUCGCACGAUGGCUGCUCGAGACCCGGCUGCGAGGCCCAGUCCUCUCCAGCUGCCCAACCCUCCCCCGCUACUGCACACACGCGCCAGCCACGAGAACUACGACCGGCCGACAACACCAACACACAGCCAGAAUGACUUUAUGAGUCCUGUCCAGACACCAACUGGCAGUCCCAGCAAGAACAGAAUGCCCCCGGGCGCGCUGACCCUGCCCGGCGUGUUUGAGAAGGCCAUGAAGCUAGCUCCAUCGUCGCCAACCAAGUCUGCCUUUGGUGCUCCAGGCUCGCCAGGCAAAGGGCUCUCAGUAAUUGACGGUUUCAAUGGCAGCGUCGUCCACAAUGAUGUUCACCAGGCCCCUGGUAGCCCGACUCGUCGAUCGAAUAAGGAAAACGCGCCGCCAAAUUUCCCGCGACUUGGCAAGGACCUGGGUUUGAAUGCAAACUCGUCAGCUGCGACAUCAAGAUUGCAGCCAUAUCAGCAACGAGAGGCGGAGACUGCUCGGAAGCCCCAGGUUCAACCAACCCAAGGGCUAACUCCGGCAGAGAUCCAGAAGCUUCAAUCGCCGAAAGUCAAACGCCUAGCGAAUGUCACUCAGCUCUACUUCCUUGAUCACUACUUCGAUACUCUUAGCUACGUCCACAACCGCCAGAAUCGGUACAACCAGUUCAAGGCUGCCUACCCUGCUCCUCCAGAGACUGACAUUGAAGUAUACGAGCCCGCCCUUCAGAAGUAUCUCGGUCGCGAGCGUGCCAAUCUUCGCAGACGACGAACCCGCCUUCGCCAGGGUGAUUUCCAAAUCCUUACACAGGUCGGCCAGGGAGGAUAUGGACAGGUCUAUCUUGCGCAGAAGAAGGAUACACGCGAGGUUUGCGCCUUGAAGAUUAUGAACAAGAAACUUCUAUUCAAGCUCGAUGAAAUUCGCCAUAUUUUAACGGAACGAGAUAUCUUGACUGCCGCGAAGAGUGAAUGGCUUGUCAAGCUCCUAUAUGCCUUCCAAGACGAUAACCAGAUUUAUCUCGCCAUGGAAUACGUUCCUGGCGGUGACUUUCGGACAUUACUCAACAACACAGGAGUAUUGCACAACCGUCAUGCGCGAUUUUACAUAGCUGAAAUGUUUAGCUGUGUUGAUGCCCUGCAUAGUCUAGGAUAUAUUCACCGAGAUCUGAAGCCAGAAAACUUCUUGAUUGAUGGCACUGGACACGUCAAGCUGACCGAUUUCGGCCUGGCGGCUGGAAUGCUCAACCCUGGUAAGAUCGAGUCCAUGCGAAUUAAGUUGGAGGAGGUCGGGAACACACCCGUUCCGUUCGGACGUCCCAUGGAACAGCGGACCGCAGCAGAGCGACGUGAAGGUUAUCGCUCGCUGAGAGAACGAGAUGUUAACUACGCCAACUCAAUCGUGGGAUCUCCCGAUUACAUGGCACCUGAGGUUUUGAAAUCCGAAGAUUAUGACUUCACCGUGGACUACUGGAGCUUGGGAUGCAUGCUAUUUGAAGCAUUGGCAGGGUACCCUCCGUUUGCUGGUUCCACCACCGACGAGACGUGGCAGAACCUGAAACGGUGGCAGAAGGUUCUGCGCAAGCCACAAUACGAAGAUCCUAACUAUUUCUUGUCCCGUCGAACCUGGGAUCUGAUCACACGCCUGGUAGCUUCUAAAGAAACCCGUCUAAGGAGCAUCCAGCAAGUUCACAGCCAUGAGUACUUUGCCGAGGUCGACUUCAACAAGCUCCGUGAUCGACCGGCGCCGUUCGUACCUGAGCUGGACUCAGAAACAGAUGCUGGUUAUUUUGAUGACUUCACCAAUGAAGCAGAUAUGGCCAAGUACAAAGAAGUACAAGACAAGCACAAGGCCUUGGAGGAGAUGGAAGAACGCGAAGAGAAGAUGAGCAAGGGCCUCUUUGUUGGAUUCACAUUCCGACAUCGCAAGCCAGCAGUCGAAGAUGGCCGUGGCGGCCGAAAAUCAAUUCUCACCGAUGGUACCUUUGGGACAAUUUUCUAG